AUGGCCAAUGACCUCCGAUGGAUUCCGGCAAGCCCGCUGGCAUCCAGUGGUUUCUAUCCUGGCUUCAACCCGACUUCCAAGCUCCUUCCUAAGGGAUUAAUACACAAGGAAGGCCAUCUGGCCCUUCCAUGCGAUAUUCUAUUGGAGCAAGAUCUGGAAGUCACUAUGCGCGAUGGUGCACGAUUACACGCUGAUGUUUAUCGUCCGCCAAACGCGAGGCUUGGCACCGUGCCCGCAAUUCUCGCCUUUUCGCCUUUUGGAAAGCAAGGUGGUCCCAAUCGUUUUCACUUUGAUCGCAGAGAAUGGCGCUGUGGUGUGCCGAGGAAGGUGGUUUCGGGGCUGGAGGUGUUCGAGGGCCCAGACCCUGCAUAUUGGUGUUUUCAUGGCUACGCCGUUGUCUGUGUCGACAUGAGAGGAACUUGGAAUUCCGAUGGCAAUGCUACUUUUCCCUGUGCGGACCAAGGAAAAGAUGGCUACGACGUCGUUGAGUGGAUCUCCUCGCAAACAUGGUCAAAUGAGCGGGUUUCCAUGUCUGGAAAUAGCUUUCUGGCUGCUACCCAAUGGUUCGUGGGAGCGGAGCAGCCGCCUCAUCUGACUUGUCUUGCCCCGUGGGAAGGAUUUAGUGACAUGUACAAUGAUCAAGUACGACGUGGAGGAAUUUCUGACGCCGGCUUCGCCAGUGGCUUGAUUCUUGGAGAUUUGAGCGGAAAAAGCUCCGUUGAAGAUAUUGCCAGGAUAACUGAAGAGAACCCGCUAUGGAACUCGUAUUGGGAGACUCGUCAAGCCAAUCUAAAGAACAUCCAAGUCCCCCUUUAUGUUGUGGCAAGUUGGACAAAUCCUCUGCAUACUCGAGGGACUUUGAAUGGAUUUCUUGGGAGCAGUAGCAAAGAAAAAUGGCUGCGGAUACACGACUCUCAUGAAUGGCCUGACCUUUAUGAGCAUAAAAAUGUGGAAUCAUUGCGAUCUUUUUUCGACUAUUACAUGAAAGACUCCAACAACGACUGGAUCUUUAACCCCCCUGUACGACUCAGUGUGCUUAACUCGAAUGGGCAAAAUGUCGUUAAUCGCCCGGAACCCAGCUAUCCAUUGGAUCGACAGAAGCUUUUCCCGUUGUUUCUUGACUGCGGCACAGGAUCACUCCAAACGAGCGCACCCCAGAAGUCAGCCAUGCACCCAUAUGCAGCACAAAAUGGUUCCGUGACUUUUAACUACCGAUUCCCAUCUCGAAUGGAGUUCGUUGGUCCAUCAAAACUUCGUCUUUUCGUCGAAGCAGAGGGAUCCCAUGAUAUGGAUAUUUUCGCUACUCUAGAGAAGUACAGCUCCGAAGGGCAAUUACAGAAGUCUGUAGUUAUAGACGUCGGCUGGCUGGCUGAUGAUGGUGAAAAGGAGCGUCGAGAUUUGAUUGAAUGGAACAAGCGCGAUCCAAAGUUUUGCUCGAGCUUUUUCAGUUCUGGCCCGGUUGGCCAGCUUCGCAUAUCUCACCGCCAAUUGGACGAAGAACUUAGUACUGAUUUCCAGCCAGUCUACACUCAUGCACGAGAGGAUUUGCUGCAAGUUGGUGAGGUGGUCUCCGCUGAUCUCGAAAUUUGGCCAUAUGGAUGGAUCUUUGAUGAAAGUGAUAUCUUGCGCCUGACAGUGUCUGGAUUCAAUCCUCAUCCGCACCUUCGUCCGACUGAUCCUCGACCCAUUUAUCGCAACAAGGGAAAGCAUAUCAUCCACACCGGGGGAAAUACAGCCUCUUAUCUCUUGUUACCAUUGACAUCUUGA